AUGGUCAUCACAAAGAUAACUACUAGUAUCCUGUUACGUGUGGCUGAAUUUUUAUUCGCCGUCGCAGUAUUAGGUCUCAGUUCCGGUGUAUUAGCUAGCUACAACACCAACAUUCCACGUGUUACUUUUAACUUAGUCGUUGCCAUCUUCGACAUCAUCUGGCUAGCUUAUAUUGCACUCAUUACACCUAAAACUUUAGCAGGUCAAACACCAAGUGCUGUUGUUUUUGCAUGUCAAAUUAUACUUUGGAUCUUUUAUCUUGCUGGUUGGACAGUUAUUGUUGAUGAAUUUCCCAAGGACUGUAAUAAAUCGUUUUACACGCGCGAUUCAAAAGAUACUUGUCAUGCUUAUCAAGCAAUCUUACCAUUCUCAAUAUUGAAUUAUGUUGUGCUUAGUACUGAGUUGGGGUUGUUUUAUAGUUAUAGUUUGGUUCCUGAAAUCCGAAAUUUUGGAGGUAAACAUUUAUUGCAAAAUACAACUUAUUAUUGGGGGACCCUAUUCAAUGCUGAAACAACAGCUACACAAUGUUGUGCUGGUAUCGGCACUGGUGAUGUUGUUGGUAAAGAUGGUGGUGUUGCUACUCCUCAUCUUGAUGAAGAAGCAGUUGCUGGUAAUCCAGUAAAUGAGGUGAAAAUGUAG